CGCUUCAUGGCAAGCCGCGGAAAGCAGCGGAGAAGAAUGCUCACCCGCUCUCUCUAAUUGAUCCUCGGGAAUACCUCUGCAGGAAAUUGUAUCAUAACAGUGAACUCGAUGCGUUACCUGACUACCUGAACUACAGAUCUAACAUUACCCCAUCACACUUAUUCCUCUUGUCAUUCUCUUCGCUCGUCUUGGUACAGCCAGGGAAGAGUUGGUAAAAUUGAUCAAUUCGUCUAAUAAAUUCGAAAUCUGAAAAUGAGUCUCACAUCCACUGUGUCCCUUCGAAUGCGGGGAUUUUCUGUCCACAAAUCGUUGCUGUCUUCACUAUCGUCGGUGCCACAGCUCCAGCGGUCUCAGGUCAGGACGUUCUCUACUACUCUGCAACGUGAUGCAACAUGGGGAUUCAUCGGUUUAGGACAAAUGGGCUACUUAAUGGCCAAGAAUCUACGUGCCAAAAUUCCAGCUACUGACACGCUGAUUGUGCGUGAUGUGAACGAGAAUGUGACGAUGAGGUUUGUGGAGGAGACAAAGGAGGCCGCGAAAAGCAGUGGUGCUGCAGAUGGCACAAUGAAGGUUGAGGUCGCCCAGAGUGCUCGAGAAGUUGCGGAGCAGUCGACAGUCGUGAUAACCAGUCUACCGGAGCCAGAACACGUCAAGGAUGUCUUCCAUUCAAUCAUGAAGCACGGUGACCUACCCGCUCUGGAAGAAGAGCGCCUGUUUAUUGAUACAUCAACCAUUGACCCCGCCUCGUCGAAGGAGAUUGCAAACGCGGUCCACGCGACACGCACAGGGCGCUUCGUCGACGCUCCAAUGUCAGGAGGAGUAGUAGGUGCUCGCGCAGGUACAUUAUGUUUUAUGUUUGGAGCAUCGUCUCAAACAGGCCAGCUCAUCGAACGAGUCAGAGCGGUUCUAAUGCUUAUGGGAAAGAAGGCCUGGCAUCUGGGACAUCCCGGAGCAGGCGUGUCGGGUAAGCUUGCCAACAACUACAUUUUGGCUAUAAACAACAUCGCAACAGCUGAGGCCAUGAAUCUCGGAAUUCGCUGGGGUCUGGAUCCCAAAUCUCUCACAGACAUGAUAAAUACCUCUACCGGCCGCUGUUGGCCAACGGAAGUCAACAAUCCUGUUCCAGGCGUUGUGGAGACCGCUCCAGCAUCCCGUGGAUAUGAGGGCGGGUUUGGAGUCAGCUUGAUGAAAAAGGACCUCAGAUUAGCAAUCACGGCCGCGAAGGAGUCUGGCACUCCCCUGGCCCUGGCUGAAACUGCUCGUGAGGUAUACAAUUCUGUCGAGAAGGAGUACCGAGGCAAGGACUUCUCUGUCGUGUACAAGUGGCUGCAAGACAAGUCAGAGCAGUAGAGCUGGUUGUAUCCGCUAGACGAUCUGUUCAGCACCUCUCUUCUGUUCUGAUUCCCCCUGCCGUUUGCUUUCCUCUUUUCAAUUUUGAACAUCCUGGGGCCUUCUCAUCUUGCCUCAUCUCGCAAAGUCACCUUGUCAUUAUAGAUUGAGCUCUAAGAAAGAUAGAUCUGUUGGUCUUGUCCCAUAUACCUGUGUAUUUGCUAGAACGCUCUCAGUACUACUGCUAAGUGUCUUGCAGUAUAUGUAUGACUUAUACAGGACAGGUGUA